AUGGGCUCCAAGAGAGCCACUCCCUGCGUUCCCCUACUCUCCGGGCCCGACUGCCAACCUCCCCGCGAAUGGGCCUCAAUAAUCGGAGAAGCUGGACAAAGUGCCAUAAGACGACACAGCCAAGGCAAAACGGAGGGGAUCUCAAAGAUCCUCCUCCUCGCCGCCGAGCGGGAGCCAUCUCUCCGGCCAGAGUUAAAGUGGUCCGGCGAAAAGUUCGCACAAGAAAUCAAGAAGAACAUGGAAAACCUCGAAGCUGCCGCAAUUUACGUUGUGGGCAUCAAGGUUGAGAACGCAUGUGGCCAUUGCCAGCAGGGCUACGGGCCGUUCCAGCACUGCGUAUUUGCGAAGGGAUACGCGGAUGCAUGCGCAAAUUGUCACUGGAAGGGCAAUGGCUUUAUCUGCGACUUUAGCGAUCGACGCAUCUUCGCCAAGGAAUAUCGCCGUCGUGCAUGGGUUGCAUCAACGAUUGCGAGGACUGAAAUGACCUUGGCCAUUGAGGAGAUGCGUGAGGAGUAUGAGAAUUCACAAAAGCUCAUUCGGGCUAAGUUGCUCGAGCUGCAGGAUCGAAUUACGGGGACGCGGAGACAGGCUCGGCUGAUGCCGUUGUCUCGCAUGGAUCUUCUUGAUGCCUUUGAUGGAUUGUUGAAGGUUCACGAAGACACUGAGAGGAAGGGAAAGGAAGUGAUUGAGCGAAUGACGGAUUUCGAUCAUGGGGCUGGAAAGUCGGUUAGGGCCAGGAUGUUGCAUGCCUUUUUACUUUAG